GCUUGCUACAGUCAUGUUGCACAGCAUAGAAGCAAACUUAUGCCUCACUUACGCGUAUUUAAUUGAAUGUAUAUGCUGUAUAUAUUGCAGAAAGGUUUCCUAACUGUGAACUUGAGUAUUUUUCAGAUGUGUUCAGCCUGUGCGCUCAGUGUUUCGGUGCGGAUGCAGGGAUUCACUGUUGCAUCUCACAUGCUGACCUCUCGUGUCUCAUCCUCCCACUGCUGCGUCACGCCGGAGGAGGGCGAGAUCUUUAAAUAUGGAACAAGACUCAAGACGAGCGCGACGCGACGCGAGCAGGUUUACGCGCAACGUGGAGCGUUUUCCGACGGGACGGAGAGAGUUCGUGAGCCUGUUGCGUUAUGACUGCUGGAGUGACUGAAUGCAUUGUAGUUAGUAGAAGCAGCAGCGAAUUAACUCUGGCUCCAGACAAACAGAAGUGAGUCUCUGUAUCCAGACACGCUGAACUUGGAGCCAACUCGCACUUGCGCGUAUUUUGAAAGUCUUUCUGAAGCCUGGACGCACUUUAAUUCAGCGUAAGGAGAAAUAAGAGCGUCUCUGGUAGAAGACGGUCAACAUGAGCGACAAAAACAAAAUGGAGGAUGAAGCCAUAGUGGACAGAGGAGCGUCUUACAUCAAAAACGUGUGUGAUGAAGAGGUCGAGGGUCAUCACACAGUCUACAUUGGAGUUCACGUGCCCAAGAGUUACCGUCGCCGUCGACGACACAGACGACGCUCCAAUCACAAAGAGAGGAGAGAGCGUUUGACGGAAAACGUCAGCGACAAAUCCGACACAGAGACUGCAGACGAUCCGUCCUCCAGCAUCCUCAAACCUCUCAUUUCUCCGGCUGCAGAGAGGAUUCGCUUUAUUUUGGGGGAAGAUGACAGCGGUCCUCCUCCACCGCAGCUCUUCACCGAACUCGACGAGCUUCUGACCGUUGACGGUCAAGAGAUGGAGUGGAAAGAAACAGCCAGAUGGAUAAAGUUUGAGGAGAAGGUGGAGAAGGGUGGAGAGCGGUGGAGUAAACCUCAUGUAGCCACUCUGUCUCUUCACUCGCUCUUCCAGCUGAAAAACUGCAUCGAGAAAGGAACCAUCAAGCUGGACAUGGAGGCCAACUCACUUCAGCAGAUCGUCGAAAUGAUCACUGACAGUCAGAUUGAGAGCGGGCAGCUGAAGGCUGAUCUGAAGGAGAUGGUCAUGUACACUCUGCUGCGGAAACAUCGCCACCAGACCAAGAAGUCCAACCUGCGUUCGCUGGCAGACAUCGGCAAAAGCGUGUCGAGCGCGAGUCGUCUGUUCAGCAGCCAGGAGAACGGUAGUCCGACCACGGCCCAUCGUAACCUGACCUCUAACAGCCUGACUGAUCUCUCAGAUAAGCCUGAGAAAGACCAGUUGAAUAAUAAAUUCAUGAAGAAAGUUCCCCGAGAUGCAGAAGCAUCAAACGUGCUGGUCGGCGAGGUGGACUUUCUGGACGCUCCCUUCGUGGCGUUUGUGCGUCUUCAGCAGGCCCUCAUGCUAGGAGGACUCACCGAGGUUCCUGUUCCCACACGGUUCCUUUUUAUUCUGCUGGGGCCCAAAGGAAAGGCCAAGUCAUACCGUGAGAUCGGACGUUCCAUCGCCACGCUCAUGUCUGACGAGGUGUUUCAUGACAUAGCUUAUAAAGCGAAAGACCGCGGUGACCUGCUGGCAGGCAUUGAUGAGUUCCUGGAUGAAGUCAUCGUGCUUCCUCCAGGAGAAUGGGACCCUGACAUCAGGAUCGAACCUCCUAAAUCCAUCCCGUCUGCAGAUAAACGUAAAAACAAUAUUGCCGGAGGGGAGAUUCUUCAGAUGAACGGCGGUACUCCUCAUGACGGGAGUCCAGCUGGCGGCGGCGGCCACGCGGUCGGUGAUGAACUCAAAUUUACUGGCAAGUUUUGCGGCGGUCUCAUUCUGGACGUCAAGAGGAAGCUCCCGUUUUACGCAAGCGACUUUUACGACGCACUCAACAUACAGUCUCUGUCUGCCAUCUUGUUCAUUUACCUAGGAACCGUAACGAAUGCCAUCACCUUUGGAGGGCUGCUGGGAGACGCCACCGACAACAUGCAGGGUGUGUUGGAGAGUUUUGUCGGGACGGCGUUGACUGGUGCUGUGUUCUGUCUGUUUGCGGGUCAACCUCUCACUAUCCUGAGCAGCACCGGACCCGUGCUCGUCUUUGAGCGCCUGCUCUUUAACUUCAGCAAGGAUAAUGAUUUCGACUAUCUGGAGUUCCGGCUGUGGAUCGGCCUGUGGUCUGGCUUCUUGUGUCUGGUCCUGGUCGCCACAGACGCCAGUUUCCUGGUGCAGUACUUCACCCGCUUCACCGAGGAGGGGUUUUCUGCUCUCAUCAGCUUCAUCUUCAUCUAUGACGCCUUUAAGAAAAUGCUCAAACUGGCUCACCAUCAUCCAAUCAACUCAGACUUCAACAUGGACCUGGUCACGCAGUACGGAUGCCACUGCAGUCCUCCAGACGGCAACAUUUCAGCCGUGUACAUGGAGAAAAUGGAGGCUCUGAUGAACAGCACUGGACAGCAUCAUCUGAACGCGACCUGGGCGUCUUUGACUCGCUCUGAGUGUUCGGAGUGGGGCGGUCAGCUGGUGGGAUCGGCCUGUGAAUACGUCCCUGAUAUCACACUGAUGUCCUUCAUUCUGUUCUUCGGCACAUACACCUGCUCCAUGGGUCUGAAGCAGUUCAAAACCAGCCGCUUUUUCCCAACUACGGUCCGCAAACUGAUCAGUGAUUUUGCCAUUAUUCUGGCCAUUUUGAUCUUCUGUUGUGUGGACGCACUGAUCGGUGUGGAUACACCCAAACUACUAGUGCCAAGUGAAUUCAAGCCGACAAAUCCAAAUCGUGGUUGGUUUGUUGCUCCGUUUGGAGGAAACCCAUGGUGGGUUUACCUGGCCUCGUUCUUACCUGCUCUUCUGGUCACUAUCCUCAUCUUCAUGGACCAGCAGAUCACGGCGGUCAUCGUCAACCGCAAGGAGCACAAGCUGAAGAAGGGAGCCGGGUAUCACCUGGACCUGUUCUGGGUCUCCAUUCUCUUGAUCGUGUGUUCAUUCACGGGUCUGCCGUGGUACGUGGCGGCGACCGUCAUCUCCAUCGCACACAUAGACUCCAUCAAGAUGGAAACUGAGACCUCAGCACCCGGGGAACAGCCCAAAUUCCUUGGAGUUAGGGAACAGAGAGUCACAGGAACAAUGGUGUUUAUUUUGACGGGUCUGUCGGUCCUCAUGGCCCCCAUUCUGAAGUUCAUCCCUAUGCCCGUCCUGUACGGCGUGUUCCUCUACAUGGGUGUCGCUUCUCUCAAUGGUGUCCAGUUUAUGGAUCGUCUCCAGCUCUCGUUGAUGCCUGCAAAACACCAGCCAGAUCUGAUCUACCUGAGACAUGUACCGCUCAGACGGGUUCACUUGUUCACCUUCAUACAGGUGCUGUGUUUGGCUCUGCUGUGGGUGCUGAAGUCAACAGUAGCAGCCAUCAUAUUUCCUGUGAUGAUUCUUGCGUUGGUCGCGGUGAGAAAGGCCAUGGAUUAUGUGUUCUCGCAGCACGAUCUCAGUUACCUGGAUGACGUCAUGCCCGAGAAAGACAAGAAGAAGAAAGAGGACGAGAAGAAGAAGAAGAAAAAGAAAGGCAGCAUUGACAGCGACAUGAACGACUCGGAUUUUCCAGCCAAUGAGAACGUUCCCAGUAUAAAGAUCUCCAUGGAGGCCUUGGAACAGGAGCCAGUGCUGGGGGAGAAGCCCUCAGACCGAAAGCCCAUGUCCUUCCUCACUCCCUACUGAUGGAAAGCACUUUUUCCUUUCCAAGACUGUGUCAAGGAUUUAAACCCCUUUAAGAAGAUGGUGCCUCAGAUCAGAAUCGAUUUGGACCCCGAAAACAACAAAUUCUUCUGGAAAACUCCAGCCUCCGAAACGUCUCUUUAAACACUCCUGAAAACACUUUCACGCAUACACCUUUAUGUCCAGAUGAUGGUUUGGUCAAUCAGCUAAACAAAAAACUUUGCUUGAAUGUUUCUUUUUAAAAUCCAAAAAAGACACAUGUCAUUUCAACACUACAACCUAUAGCUGCACAAACACAAACUCUUUAGUUUUUUUUUUUUUUUAUUGAAUUUUGUUUUAGCUCUUCAGUAUAUCCUCCUGAUGUUUUGGUAGCAUUACUGUUGGAAAGUUGAAAAGAGUAUUUUUGGUAUCGAUUUAUUUUUAGGUUCUGGGUCCAGACUGAUUUUUUUCCAAUCAUUUUUAAACUUUAAUAACCGUAUUUUAUUAAAGAGAAAGCAUAUCAGAAUGAUGUCAUAAUCAGUCUUAAUAAUGUAGAAAAAAAUUAUGUAUGAAACGAAACAAAUUUGAGGUUUGAGUUUUCUUUUGGCCAAAUAACUGCACUUCAUUCAAAUGAGCACAUUAGAUCAAAUUAACUAAAAAUAUCAAUGAACAAAUUAAAUUUUCUAUGGAAGCCUGAAUAAGAAUGAAUUAUUUCACAACUCCUUCUUUUUUUUUUCUCUUUUUUUUUUAUAGCUCACAAUUCCGACUUUUAUUCUCAGAAAUGUAAAAAUCUGAAAAUUCUGAGAAAAAAAGUCAGAAUUGAGAUUUUAACAGAAUUGCAAGAACAAAGUCAGAAUUGUGAGAUAAAAGGCCGCAAUACAUUUUUUUUAAACAAGCUUCCAUAGUUUUCUUUGAUACUUUUAGUAUGUUUUUUUCAUCCGAAAACUCAAACCUUUAGUCUUUUAGAAGUGUAUUUAAGUGUAUAUUAUUACUAAACCACAAUGGUGGCCGUAUUUAUCCCAAUAAGGGAAACUGCCGUUUUAAAGACAAAAAUCUUUCCUGUUCUUAACAAGACACUUAAAGUGGGAAACACUCGAUAUGAAUACCAUUUUCUAGUUCUACCUCUUAUAAUGGACUGUAGGUGCCAGGCACUCUGUGUUUGAGUGAAGCAUUUCUCUAUGCAGUAUGUAACGGAUGUCAACGGCGAUCUUAAAGUCACGUGACGCGAAGAAGAGCGGGAACCGCGCUGGAUGCCUCUUGACUAAAUUCCCUCUGCCCUUUUGUGAACUCUAGAUCUGUUUAUUCGUUGUAAAUGACAAUCCAUAACAGGGCGGAUACUUUCAAUGUGAUUGCGUUCAAUGUAUUUACUAUGAAGCAGAUGAUUUAUGGUGAUUUUAUGAUUGGAUAUUUUUAUUGUACUUUUUUUAAAAAGAAGUAAUGCUGUAGAUAGCGACGUCUUUUAUACUGAGAUGAAACGUUGAGAGGUGUAAGGACUCAAUAAAUGAGAUUUAAUGUGGAACAGCUGCACCAAGUGACAGCAAUACGCAGAUUUCCUUGUUUUUGUGUGUGUGGGAACUUAAAUACUGCCAUUAAGACAGAUAAUUUUCUCUUAUGUUUGGCACAAGGAUAUUUCAAUCGUUAAAUCUGGUGUAGAAUAUUUUUUAAACAUCACAUUAACACCACAGUCGUUAAAACUUGAAUUUAGAGGCACAAGUCAGUGUUUGUACAUAGAUGUGUUUAUCAUCAUCAUUCUCUGAUCAAUAAUGUCUUCCAUUUCUUUUGAUUGUAUUGCAUUGCCUGUGCAUUUUCAAGGACUGUUUUAGCCAGAUGCAUAUGUAGUGUGAAAUGGUGUUUCCAUAAAUCAUUUCUAUUAGAUGCUGUUUUUUAAAAACCUAAUAUUGAGAUGUAUUUAUUGUCCUUAAUUCUCUUCUGGAAGCUGUCUUACUCUCUGAUUAUGACGCUACAGGCAAUAAUGAGAUUAACAGUUGAUCGCUGUUCUGUAAAAGGGAAUCACCCUGUAGCACUGUGAGGCGAUGGGCAAAUUAAAGCAAUUAUUAAACCUC